AAAGUCAUCAAAGAGCUCUGCUUCCUGUUUGUAACUCUGUUUCCUGUAUGCCGCUCAGAGGAAAAGAUGAGAUGGAAAUCUGCGAGGUGGCUGCCUUUUGACCUGAAAAGUCAAUUUGCUUUUUUACCUCCUCGGUCUUCUCUGUCUCUACGGGGCCAGGAUUCCCAGCCCACCCUUUCGCACCAUGAUCUUGUGGAUCCUUACUGCACUCAGUAUAAUUCAGCCUGACAGCCUAAUAGAAGCGAAUAUUUUAGUGCAACAGAGACCUCCGCGCCUAAUGAACCAAAGUGCCAAGAUAUUCUGCAACUACACGUCUAACGGAAAGAAAAUAGAGGCAUUCAGAGCCUUGCUCCGUAAAGGAGUAGAAAGGGUGGAAGUCUGCUCCAUUUACAAGAACAGCACCCAUAAUAUUACCAAAUACGGUCCGGAAAUCAGCUGCCGAGUUGCUUUCAAGACAGAAAAGGAAGUCACCUUUAACCUGCAGAGCCUACAUGCCAAUCAAACGGACAUUUACAGCUGCAAAAUUGAGGUCUUUGAGCCACCGCCGUACGAAGUCAACGAAAGCCUUGGCACUUUAGUUCACGUGAAAGCCCCAGAAACCCCAGAAUCUCAAUGUCAACAAGGACCAGAAUUCAUGAGUAUGGCAGCAGCUAUCGGAGUCCUUAUUUUCUACAGUAUCCUAACAACAGCAGCUUUUUUCUAUUGUUGGCUGAAAACCAAGAAGAAUAAGAUUGUUCGGAAUGACUAUUUCAACAUGACUGCCUGGCAAUCGAACGCUCCGAAGAAGAGACCUCAACCGCCAGGUGUCCCAGCAAGAAACUACACCGCGUACCGUUCAUGGGAGCCAUGACAAUUGGUAACAUAAAUGGCCUGUUCUCUACAAUGGGAAAUAUGAAUGGACAUUUCACCCCUUAGCUCAGCGCGCCUGUUGUCGACGGUCACUGAUAUCCCCACGAAAAGGAGUUCUCAGCAAUGUGAAGGAUAAAAACUGUUAUGUUAUGCUUCAAACUGAUGGUGGAAAAGAAGAAAAACUGACAAUGGAUUGUAAAUACAGUCUCAUAAACCUCUCUUAAGCAAAUGCUGGUUCCAUCAGCAUUGAUGCAAUUUCUUGAUUGCUUCAGUCUUAGAAGAAUAUGUAUAAAUUGUACCAAAAUUCUGGCAAAUGACCAAGCAAAGAGCAGAGGUAGAAAUAUGUUGUCUUUCAUGUCAAAAGGGGAAAUACCGAAUGGGAGAGUGUAAAACAUAUGUUUAACAGAUCAGGAGCAUUCAGCUAAGUUGGCCCAGUAUUAUAAAGAACAUCAUACUAUUGUAAGCGAAGUGAAUGAUUAGUUGGAUAGCUUUGCCAUGUAAUUCUGCAUAGUCCCUUUCCCUGCUGAUGAACAAAUUCCUCAUACUGCUAAAACAAUCAAUCUGCAAGUCAUUUCUGAGAGAGCCUUUAAGGAAGAGUGGAAUGUGCAGCCAUAUGAGACCACUCUUGAGAUUUGCAGGCUUUCACUAAGGCUUGGACAAUGUCCUACAUAAAGGAGCAGACAAAACGUCCUCACUGAGAGGAGAGAAUUAAUCAA